UUUACAUGCCAUGGAGGAAGCUCAGCCUAAACCACCUACACCCGUGCCCAGCCCAGCACACAGCCGAGUACCCAGUCCCGUCUCGGACAUACCCGCUGCUCCAGCAGCCAAUCAUACAGAGCAACAUCUGAGUGUGAACCAGAUCCAGGUGGUGGUCCGGCGUUGUUCCAGCCCUAACGUCACAGAAGAGACCACCUAUUUCAUCCCUCACAACCCUGUGGUUGACGCCAGCACCAACACCGACCCGCCUGUGGUCUGCUGCCCCCUGCUGUGCAGGAUAUGCCCCUGCCCGCCCAGAGGCCUGUGGGCCUCACUUGUGACUAAAGUGCUGUUGGCUGCAGUACUCUUUGCAGCAGUGUGGUCUAUCACAGAGAAGGAGUGUCUGCCAGGUGGGAACCUGUUCGGUAUCACCGUGCUUUUUAUCUGUGCAGUCACCGGGGGAAAACUAGUGGCCCUCGUACGCCUGCCCAAACUGCCACCCUUUCCUCCACUCCUUGGCAUGCUGUUGAUGGGCUUCCUGUUGCGUAACAUCCCUGUGGUGAAUGAUGCAGUUUACAUUGACUUCAGGUGGUCUGCCUCCCUGAGGAACAUAGCCCUUGCUGUAAUCCUAAGCAGAGCAGGCCUGGGAUUGGAUGGCUCAGCAUUGAGGAAGCUGAAAGCAGUUUGCAUGCGGUUGGGAGUGGGACCCUGUGUGAUUGAGGCCUGCACUGUUGCUGUGGUCUCUCACUUUCUCAUGGGCCUACCGUGGGUUUGGGGCUUCAUCCUGGGCUUCGUUCUGGGGGCAGUGUCCCCUGCUGUUAUUGUCCCCUCUAUGCUGAUUCUGCAGAAGGACGGCUACGGCGUUGAGCAGGGCAUCCCCACCCUGCUGAUGGCUGCUGGCAGCUUUGAUGAUAUCCUAGCCAUAACCGGCUUCACCACCUGCCUGGGUGUAGCCUUUGCCACAGGCUCCACGUGGUACAACGUGGGGAGAGGGGCACUGGAGGUGGCAGGAGGUCUGCUGGUCGGAGGUCUGCUUGGGGGUCUGAUCCGCUAUUUCCCCAGCCCAGACCAGAAACACGUAGUGAUGAAGCGGUCAUUCCUGGUGCUAGGCCUGGCUGUGUUUGCUGUGUUCGGCAGCAAUGUAGCAGGCCUCCCUGGCUCCGGAGGCCUGUGUACUCUGGUGCUCUCAUUCCUGGCUGGUCUGGGCUGGAGCAAGGCCAAGGUCCCUGUGGAGGAAGUAGUGGGCAGGGCCUGGGAUGUGUUCCAGCCGUUGCUCUUUGGUCUAAUAGGGGCAGAGAUAAGACUCAGCAAGCUGGAUGGGCACACUGUUGGCCUGGGCAUAGCCUCUCUGGCUAUUGCUCUUCUGGUACGAGUGCUCUUCACUUUCGUCUGCGUGCUGUGUUCCGGCUUCAAUUUCAAGGAGAAGCUUUUCAUCUCCCUGGCUUGGCUCCCCAAAGCCACCGUACAGGCAGCAAUUGGCUCCACCGCUCUGGACAUGGCUCGCACCAAGGAUGACCAGCAGCUGCAGAAAUACGGCAUGGAUGUGCUGACCGUGGCGGUGCUCUCUAUUCUCCUCACUGCCCCCAUAGGGGCCCUGAUCAUCGGCCUCAGUGGGCCACUGCUGCUCCAAAAACCAAGGAAUUCUUCCUGGGGCUACAGUUGUCCUUUCUUCCCCGUUUCUUCUGGAUCUCUAGGCAAGGUUGGGGAGUGCCCCGGCGACACAGAGAGCCCUAUCACCUAUGAGAGUACCCUCUGACCUCCAGCCGGUGCUAGCCCCUGACCCCCUGGCAUGCCUGGAUAGUACCUUGUUUCUACCAAGACUUCCUGUAUACUGAGUACAUGAACCAAUCAUGGAAGCCGAGCUCCAGGUGCCUCCUCCUUCCCCCUCAGUUUGCAGGGGCUUCUCCUCUGAAACAUCAGUGACUGUUUCUGGUUCCUUUUUAAAAAUAUUUUCGGUCAGUCCUGGCUGAUACCCUGAAGGAACAAAUGAAUCAUGUCUUUAUUCAUAGCCUCUGUUAGUUUUAUUCAUGCACACAACAAAGCCGAUACUUUACAUCCAAGCAGUGAGCAUGAGCGCAGUACUGAGGAUACAAGCAUAUUGCAUGUGCAGUAUAAUGGACAAUAUUGUUUAAGAGUAUAUUUACAUUGUUUUGAAAAAAACUUGUAACCAUAUGUUUUGAGAUAUAAUGAGGUGUCUAUCCCGGGUUUACCAAACCUUUUUAUACCUCUAUAUUUUUGUGCAAAACCUUUCAAUACUUGAAAUGUCCACAACUGUAACUCGCUGUACAAAGGUGUAAAGUUCUAAAUUGUACACCUUAUGAAUACUGUCAAGUAUGCUUAGUCCUAAGGAUUUAAGCACAAAAUGUUAAAACAUCUGAUGUUUUCUGUUGUGUGUAUAUUUAUUAGUGUGUUGUAUUAGCUGUAAAAGAUAAUAUGAAGACAAGAUGAUAAAUAGGGGAUGGUUUUAGAUGGUUGGAGACAUCCUGCUUUAUAUAUCUUUUUGAAAGCCAUGCUCAUGUAGAUUAAAUAUUGUCAUAUGAUAGGGAAAAUUGGAAAUUCAGAAUACUGUUCAAUUUAAUCCAAAAUUAAAUAAAGGUCAAUAGUGUAAAACCAACCAUGAAGAUAUAUUUUAGUUUACAUUUGAGUGUUUUUAUGGCCAUGUUAUUUUGAUAACUUAAAGAAUGUAUUGUGAAUUAGAGAUGUUUUAUAUAUGACCUCUUAUUAAUGUUUUUUUCUGUAUUUCAAGCAGUAAAAUGAGAUACAUAAUUGUUUUAAAAUUUAAAAUUUGCAAUAAAUAGCAAUAAAUCAAAAAUAAAUGUACUGUUGUGUUCCUGUUCAUAUAUGGCACAUUAAUAUGAAUGCUUCCAUUUGCAACCUGAACAAAGUAAAUAAAAUCCAAAUAACCUCCACCAGGAACUCGCUGGCCAAUAUGCAGGGAGUUACUGCCUAUCUACCAUCUUAGUCUCCAGAAUAAAAGUAGACCCUCCUCAAAAGACAUAUGUUGGUAGGUGUUUUACCUGCUUAGCAAACCAUUACAUAUAAUGGGGAAAUUUAUUUGAUAUUUUAUUCUUAUAUUACAACAGUUAUGCUUUACCGUUGAACCAAAAUCUAUAUCUUCGGGAUGUGGUAUUUAACCCAAAUCAUCGUAUCUCUUCCUUAUAUAAAUGUACGAAUUAAUUGGUAUAAUUCUAAUGCUCUGUUUGACAACAAAUAAGUACAGUUAACAACAUAUUUUGGUGUUUAAAGAGUUCUAAUAUUGUGUCCCAGCAUUAGAAUUCUACCUACAGUUGAUCUGUAAUGUUACAAAUCGAGUUGGAAGUACACAAAAAAUACCAACACAAAAUUAAGGGAUUGAUAAAGGUUUGAACCUACCUUGCUACGUAAUUUGUGUUAUGUCCCAUACAUACAAUAUUUAUUAAAUAGUUCACAAGUGUGUAGGCAGGUUCAACACUUAACAAGUAUACAGUAGUUCUGAGGCAAGUUAAACAAAGUUGUCUUUUGGUGAUAUCAUACAAAAUGGUACUGUCCUUGUGAAUGACAGUUGUAGGAAGAGAUUCAAGUUUCCCUCAAAGUGGUCCCAAAUAAUCUGGAACUGAGCAAUGCUUUGCAGGUUAGCUAAGAGAAUUUGACAGUCCAUAUCAGAAGGAGUGUAAAACCAAUCUCAGUUAUGGCACAUUGUUGCUAAAUUAAGGGAAUUCAGUCUGGAAGGAAGGUGAGGAAGUCAUUAUUAUAUAACAGUUUUCAGCAUCAAUAGGCAAAAUUGUCAUGAGUGUGAAGAAUUGACAGAACACAAAA